AUGUUUAAUAUUGCUGAUGGUGGUUUUACUGAACUCCACACUCUCUGGCUUAAUGAAGAAAAUGUUGCUGUUCCUGGAAAAGAAUAUGAGAUUUGGAAUCGACGACAUGAUUAUUGGUUACUUUGUGGGAUUGUUAUGCAUGGCUAUGGUCGUUACCAAGACAUUCAAAACGACAAUCGGUUUUCAAUAAUUAAUGAACCCUUUAAAUCAGAACAAAGUAAAGAAGGAAAUUUUGCCGAAUAUAAAAACAAGUUUUUGCAAAGACGUUAUAAGUUAGUCGAACAGGCUUUAAUAAUAGAGGAACAAUUACGUCGUGCAGCAUAUUUAAAAAUAACCCAAAAAACUGAAGAACAACAUAUUCAAAAGGAUGCAGCAGAAAAGGGAAUAGCUAUUGGAAAGGCUGUUUCUGAUAGUAUUGGCCAUCUAAAUGAAAGGUUUGACGAUCUUGAAUGCUUGGCUACUGCACAAGAUAUAUUAUGGCGUGAUGAUUAUAAGGGUGACAAAAAUUCUUAUAUAGUUCUUCAUAAAAUGCUUGCUCAACUUGAAGAUUUGCUGAAUGAUAUGAAAAAUGAUGUUUCUCGUCUGCCAAUGACGCUUGCACGACUUAGACCAGUAACUCAACGACUAGGCAUGACAGAGAGAACAAUCCUCAACCGAUUGACAACAAAGGAUUCUGUUGCCUCUGCUUGUCAGAGCCCACUUCCUCCUCCUGGCCCAUUUAUGACACCAAUUGCACAAGCAAGAUUUAAAGGAAUGGAACCCAAGUUUGCUGUGAUGGUCGGUAAAGAAGAAAAUGAGUAA